GAGGUAAGACGGCUGCAAAUUCUCACAGUAGACCAGGGAAACUUCUUCAGAGUUUUGGUAAAGACACAAGGGUCAAAUUCUUCAAAUUGUGGACGGAGAAAGCUCAGGAGUAUGGCGGCGUGGGACCUGUCAGUCACUGUGGAGGACCUGGGCCCUGAUGCCCCUCCUGUCACCAUCAGCGUUGCAUCUGACCUCCACAUCGGAGGGGUUAUCGUCAAGCUGGUGGAGAAGACACAAAUCAAACGUGACUGGUCAGACCACGCGCUGUGGUGGGAGCAGAAGCAGCACUGGCUCCUACGAACUGCCUGGACUCUGGAAAAAUAUGGGAUUCACGCUGACGCCCGGCUGCUGUUCAUACCUCAACACAAGCCGCUUAAACUGGGUCUGCCCAAUGGGAAAACCCUGAUGCUGAAGGCCUGCUUCUCUAACCCUGUCUUCCAGACAGUGAUGGGGAUCUGCAGGAUGCUCAAUAUCCGUCACCCUGAGGAGCUCUCCCUCCUCCGUCCUGUGGAGGAGAAGAAGAAGAAGAAAGACAAAGACAUGGCGGAGGAGAUCUACGACCUGACCGAGGUGCCCCUUUCCAUGGUUUCCCGGCCCUGUCUGUACAACGGCAUGCCGGCUCAUUUUGCUGACUCAGAGCAGAUGGAGGCCGUCUACAAGAUGCUGUCCAUCACUCAGCCUCCUCCUGCUCCCGAGGUCAUCACUAAGCAGUACCGCCCUGCCAGUGUGGUGGACAAAGCUCACAUCAACGGCAGGUGGUUGGAUUCAUCUCGUUGUCUUAAGCAGCAAGGCAUCCAAGAAAAUGACCGACUGUGGCUUCGCUUCAAGUUUUACUCCUUCUACGAUAUAGACCCCAAGUACGAUGUUGUGCGUCUCGCCCAGCUGUAUGAGCAGGCCCGCUGGGCCAUUCUGCUGGAAGAUAUCGACUGCACCGAGGAGGAGAUGAUGCUUUUUGGAGCCCUGCAGUACCACAUCAACAAGGUGUCCCUGUCGGAGCCCCGGAUGCUGACUUCUAACACGGCCCUGGACGACCUGGAGUCGGCCCUUCAGUCCCUGGAGGUUAAGAUGGAGGGAGAGAGCAGCUCCGCCUCCGACCUGCUGGAAAACAUGACGGCGCCAGAACUCAAUGACUACUUGAAGAUUUUCAGGCCAAAGAGGCUAACUCUGAAGGGAUAUAAGCAGUACUGGUUCAAAUUCCAGGAUACGUCUAUCUCCUACUUCAAGAGCAAAGAGGAGAGCAUUGGAGAACCCAUUCAACAGAUUAACCUGAAAGGCUGUGAGGUGGCUCCGGACGUUAACGUGGCAGCCCAGAAGUUCCUAAUCAGACUGCUGAUCCCUGCACCUGAAGGCAUGAACGAGGUCUAUCUGCGCUGUGAGAACGAGCAACAAUACGCUCAGUGGAUGGCCGGGUGUCGGCUGGCCUCUAAAGGCAAGAGCCUGGCAGACAGCAGCUUCCAGAGUGAAAUCCAGAGCAUCCGUUCCUUUCUGGCCAUGCAGAAGACCAACUCUGGCUCUAGUAAUAAUGCAGCUUCCAACGAUGAAAGCAUCAACACUCACAGUUUGGUGUCACCACGCUACCAUAAGAAAUACAAACCCAAACAGCUGACCCCUCGUAUCCUGGAUGCCUACCAGAAUGUGGCUCAGCUCUCCCUGACAGAUGCACUGAUGCGCUUCCUGCAGAUCUGGCAGGCCCUGCCUGAUUUUGGACUCUCAUAUGUGGUUGUCAGGUUUAAAGGAAGCAGAAAGGAUGAGGUUCUGGGCAUAGCGCCCAACCGCCUGAUCCGUAUCGAUUUGGGAGUGGGCGAUGUGGUGAAGACCUGGCGAUACAACAACAUGAAGCAGUGGAACGUGAACUGGGACAUAAAACAGGUGGCCAUCGAGUUUGAAGGGAACGUGAACAUCGCCUUCGGAUGCAUCACCGCCGACUGUAAAAUCGUUCACGAGUUCAUCGGAGGCUACAUCUUCAUGUCCACACGCAGCCGUGAGAAGAGCGAAACGCUCAAUGAGGAGCUCUUCCAUAAGCUGACCGGAGGCCAUGAAGCUCUAUAAUACUGAAACACAAAGACUGACUUUCAAUUUUUUAUUUUUUUUUAAGAGAGGAUCCAGCCUGGCCCCUCGCUCUCAGUCCUACCACCUUCUAUCCAAACUGAUGGAUUGUAAUAUCCAUCAGACAUCCACAUGUCAGCUCCUAUGUGAUAAACCACUGCUGGUUCAAAUUAUAGAGGCUCCAAAACCACAAGUCAUCAAUCAUUAUUUGUAAUCAGCUUUGUUCUGGAAAGACAUGUAUUAAUACUGAAUCUGCAGAGGCUAAAGCAGGCAUCCCCAAAGUUGGUCCUUGAGGGCCGCUGUCCUGUAGGUUUUAGAGGUUUCCCUGCUCCAGCACAGCUGAUUUACAUUGACAGUUGAUUAACAGGCUUUUGCUGAUAUGCAAUCAUCAGAAUCAGCUGUUCUAAAGCGGAGAAACCUCUAAAACCUGCAGGACAGCGGCCCUCCAGGACCAACUUUGGGGAUGCCUGGGCUAAAGAGUCAUAGUCAUUGAAGUGGAACUCAUCCUGAUUUAAUACCAUAACCUCACUAAGAGUUAGGUUUUGAAAAAAAGCCACCAAAGUGGUCAGUGCAGAGAAACCAUGAGGGGUCAGGUUAAGUGUGGGGAGCUUCAUCAGCUUCAUGCUCCAUUCCCCUGUGAUCGAGGGAGGCUUUAUAGAGCCCAGUGAGCCAGAGCCCUAUCAGUUCAGACAGCACUCACUGCACCAUGCUUAGAACAGGUGCUGCCAGGUUCUGCUGAGGUAAAGGAGGAAGGCGUGACUCGUUAUGGAGCCGUGCGUCUCAAUGAGUUCCUUUUGUAUCCCAGGGCAGGGAGAGGAUGCCUGUACCUAUGACAUAGGCCUGUGCUGCAUGUACCGUUUGAACCGAAUGUUAACUGCAAAAGCCACCAUUCAAUCAUUGUUGCAGCACAAAGGCGGUUUUCAGAUGGAAAUUGCCGAAGUAAUAAAAUCUCACUUGAAAAUGUAAAAACAUUAACAGUGACAUUAAUACAGCACCCCAUAGGGCACAGUUAUUCAUUUUGAAUGGAAAAAAUUGUAUUUUGGGGUGAGUUACACUUUAAGUAUGUCUCCAGUCUGAAAAUUCCAACUUAUAAACUGGUAUAAAACAUGUUUCAUUAAAGCCUCAUUUAUGUUUUAAUCAUGUUUUCUCUUUAUUGGUCUGAUAGAAUAUUCUAAGCUUAAAUGUCAUACUUUUGUUGCCUAUAAGUGGAAAUCAUCAUAGUUAGUAUAAAUAAAACAUU